AUGUUAAGUUCGUUGGAUGCUUUGGCUAGUAAAAUAUCACCUGGCUCAGGAAAUAAUUCUCCGUCCCAGCAGCAGCAGCAACAACAAAAUCAGUCGUCUACCCAGGUUCAACAAACAUUGUCACGUUCCAUUCUACGCAGCCCUUUGUAUCAGACAGAUUUGAAGGCAGACAACAAUAUACACGAUUGUGCCGACAACCAGUCAAAUCAGUCAUUACGUUUAAACGGCAAUCAAACCCAGCAGCACCAGCCCUCCCACCACCACAGCAAUCACCACCACCACCAUCUGCAUCAGCAUCAUCAUAACAAUGGCCUCGAUAGCAAUGGCAACAAAUUAUGCCACAUCACUCACAAUUCCAUACAUCCAUAUCACAAACAACCGAAUUCACCGAACAAUGGUAGCAGUCAACAAUAUCAGGCGCACAACCAACAACACCACAGUCACCAGCAUCAAUCCCACCACAAUCACCUGCUGCAUCAUCAGGCCAAAUUGGCCAACUACCAGCAGCAGCAAUCAUCAUCAAAUUCAACAUCGCCACCCACCACACCAUUGCCGUUAUCCUCAUUAUCACCCCAGGAAUGUGCGCAGCAGCGACAACAGCAACAUGAACUGUUUCAGCAGCAGCUGCAGCAGCAACAACAACAGCAGCAGCAGCUUCUCCAGCAACAACGUGAACGAGAACAAGACCAGGAACAGCAGCUACAAUCGUCAUCAUCGGUUGCAUCGCCUCCUAUGUCACCACCCACACCCACAUCACAGUCUUAUGACGAAACUGAUUCCCAGCAUGAAUUUGGCAGUUGUCUGAAGGAAAAGUAA